ACCCAUCUAAGGCAGAUUUUAUUAGCCAGGCCUAUAAUUAAUGGAGAUAGUUUAGUGAGCUUUACGAUGCUGCCUUCCCGAGUAUUGUUAUUAAUGCUAUCAAAAUUUGUUUACAGUCUCGAUUAAAUCGUAAACACUACAUCUAUUUACAGAUUUGACACUGUUUAAUGUUUAGCGGCGCGUUUUAUACAUUUCUAGUGUAUAAGUGAGUCAGAUUAUACGCAUUACUCAUCAGCUGACGAGCCUAUCAGUAAGGAUUCUUCACUAAUUAUUCUUUAAGGAAUCGCAAAUUGAAAUCGCGCAACUAGCACGACUUAAUUUCGCCGUUAGACAAUCUUUAAAAUCUCUGGAGCGCCAUAUUUUUAAGUUGAGUUUCGGUGUUUAGUUAAAGAGCGUGGGGGAAAUUUUUAAGAGUAAGAGUUAUGUACUACCGUUUCGGAAUAUUUUUCACCGAUCCAGCAAGGAAAAGAGGCAGCAGAAACCCCCUCGAAUCAGUUAUUCGAUGCGCCGAUAAGGAUAAAGGUGGGUGUUUUCGUUCAACUAGAUCGUCCGUCCCGUCCCAGUCGUCUUUUUUCUUCCAUCUGCCAUGGAUUGUGGGGUGCAUCUGCGUCGAUUGAUGUCCUGUCUCUUCUACGUCUUCGUCCUCUCAGCCGUUUCGUGUUUAAGACCCGAGCCGAAUCGCAUCGUUCCGCCAGAACACGUGCACGACUUCAGUUGCGGGACGCUAUAUUACCGCACUCUCUACCUGGAUGCCAAGAGGGAGGUCCUGUUCGUGGGUUCCAUGGACAAGAUCUUCAAGGUGAACCUGAACAACGUGAACAAGACCCGUUGCGAGGUGGAUCUAAUUACAUUGCCUCCAUCAAACAUACCCAGUUGUGUAUCCAAAGGAAAAUCUGAGCAUUAUGAUUGCAAAAACCAUAUCAGAGUUAUUCAACCCAUUAACGAUGGAAACCGACUGUACGUGUGUGGCACCAAUGCACAUCAUCCAACUGAUUGGGUUAUCCAUGCUAACCUCACUCAUCUUGGUGUACAUGAGAAAUUUCCAGGAAUUGGAGAUGGGAUAGCAAAAUGUCCAUUUGAUCCUGAAGAUAAUGCUACAGCAGUUUGGGUUGAACAUGGAAAUCCCAACGGGCUUCCCGGUCUUUAUAGUGGCACGGUAGCAGAAUUUACUAAAGCUGAUACAGUUAUUUUCCGUACCAAUCUUUACAAUAUGACUACAUUAAAUAAAGUCCAUCCAUUUAAGCGUACCAUCAAGUAUGAUUCCAAAUGGCUCGAAAGACCACACUUUGUCGGAUCUUAUGAUAUUGGCGAAUAUGUAUACUUCUUUUUCCGUGAAAGUGCAGUCGAAUACAUAAACUGUGGAAAAAAUGUUUAUUCUAGGGUGGCCAGAGUUUGUAAAAAAGAUACAGGAGGUAAAAAUAUAUUGAAUAAAAAUUGGGCAUCAUUUUUAAAAGCAAGACUUAAUUGUUCCAUCCCUGGUGAAUUUCCAUUUUAUUUUAAUGAAAUUCAAAAUAUAUAUCAACAUCCAGAUGAUGAAAGGAUGUUUUAUGGAGUUUUUACUACUUCCAUCUCAUCUCAUCAUAGGAAUGGACUAAUGGGUUCAGCCAUCUGUACAUUCAAUUUGGAUUCUAUUCAAGAGGUGUUUAAUGGUAAAUUUAAGGAACAAGCAACUUCCUCUUCUGCUUGGCUUCCAGUUUUGACUAGUAAAGUUCCAGAACCAAGGCCGGGUCUAUGUGUGAAUGAUACUCAAACACUUCCUGAUUCUGUCCUUAAUUUUAUUCGUGGUCAUCCUUUAAUGGACUCUGCUGUUGCUCAUGAUAAUGGCAAACCUGUAUAUUAUAAACGUGAUGUAAUCUUCACUCGUCUAGUUGUAGAUAGAUUAGAAGUUGAUGGAGUGCACUACACUGUAUACUACACGGGAACAAAUAAUGGUCUUAUAUACAAAUUAGUAGAAUGGUAUGAUAGAACAGGAGAAGAACAUUCAAAUCUUAUUGAUAUUUUUGAAGCAACAACACCCGAUCCCAUUAGAGCAAUGCAAAUCUCAAGCAAACACAAAUCAUUAUACGUGACUUCCGACAGAACAGUUCGGCAAUUUAAUAUGGUCAUGUGUAAAGGUCGCUAUGAAAACUGCGUGCGUUGCAUUCAAGAUCCAUAUUGCGGGUGGGAUAAGGAUCGAAAUGAAUGCAGACAUUACACUGCAGGACUAUUGCAAGAUGUUACUAAUGCUACACCUGGUAUCUGUGAUAAUCAUGUAAAAAAUAAACCUCUUCAUGUUUAUUGGGGUCAAAGUGUGCAUUUAGCUUGUCCCAUUGAAAUGCCAGAUAUGGAGAAUAUUAGGUUUGCUUUCCUUCAAUGGUACCACUAUAGCAGAGAAAAAGGAAAGUAUCCAGUUAUGCAACAACACAGAGAUAAGUACAUUCAUACUGCUGAUCAUGGUUUAGUAAUUCUUUCUGUCACUGAAAGGGAUAGUGGACGAUAUGAUUGCAAAAUGGGCAGCAGUACGCUUUGCAGCUAUAAUAUAACAGUUGAUUCAAAAACAUGUAAUGCUCCAACAGACACUGAUUAUAGAAAGGUUUAUUCUGACUGGUGUCAAGAAUUUGAAAAAUAUAAAGUUGCUAUGAAAACAUGGCAAAAUAAACAAGCUAAGUGCCAGAUUGCUCAUCCGAAUGAUGUGACCUAUCAGCGAAGUCCGAGUGCUUAAUUUGUCCAGUGGGUGUAAAGCCACACCUACUGUGCUCAACAUCUUUUGUCAAGUAUCAGGAGGUGCUAAAAGCUGUGGGUUAUGCAGCAGUAUCAUUUUUGUAAAUACAUGCACAUUUCCUCUUUGCAAGAUCAGGAGCCACUUCCCACAUGGCAUAAUCAUACAGUGCUAUGCACAUAGUAUUGGCCAUGGACUAUAACGAUAUGCAAAUGCUCAAAGCACAAGAAUGUAUUAGGUCAUUGGUCGGUGGCAUUCUACGUUUGUUCAGAAUAAGGUGUACCAUUGACAACAUAUCUGUGUGCUUAGGUUACGUUUCAUACUUUGCACACGUCUAAUAACGUGUGCAUAUGUGUGCAUGUGUGUGUGUGUGAACGUCUUAAAGUACUGUGAUUUAAGAAUUUAUGGGGUGGGUAUAUUUUUUGUCUUUUAUUUUGAAAAGUUUUUUAUAAAGAAGUAAAUUUACUAGCCAUCAUUUGGGAAGUGAUAGCUGCUUCAAGGUGCUGCUAUUUGUAGCGUGUGUUUUUAAAUUUUUUAUCGAUAAUUUUUCCUUUUUAAAUUAUUCAUCUCUAGAAAAAGAACAUAUGCAUUAAUUUAAUGAGAUGAUAGGAAAGAUUCAAACUGAAAAUUUGUGAUGGGCAAAACAAUUAGAACAAAAAUUUUCAUUUAUUACUCUAGCAAUAUACAAUGCUAGAUGUGUGUGCAUGACAUUCGUGAGGCAUAUUGCCUUUAUCUGUGAAAAUGAAACGUACGAAACAAGUACUGUUUCCCAAAAUGGGAUUAUUGACAAUAAGAAAAAUUAUAUAUACAUAAACAGUACUAAUAGAAGAAAAAAUAAAGAUGCUCAGAUAGACAGUGCAAAAUAUCAAAUAGACUGUUUUGUUGGAAACAUUUCUUGUAGUGUUAUUAAAUUUCAUGCCUUCAAUUAUUGCUCAUCUAAAUAUUACUGUUAGUAUACAGUGAGAUUUCUGGAAAGUUGACAAUCUUAUCUUGUAAAACUAAAUGGAUUGAAAUGCAAUGUUUGGUGUGUACAGUGGCUGUGUCUGUAAUUAUUAUAUGAGGAUAAAAAAAUAUGUUUAUUCUUCUGUGAUUGAAAAAUGAUGAUAAUGGUUAGACUGUUUAUUUGCUUAUAGGACUGUUUUAAAAUGUUUGUUGAUUAGUUAACCUUAGAAGUUAUAUUCAAAAAAAGGUAACCAUUUAAAGGGAGAAUAAUUUGAAAUGGUUAUCAAACUAUUUUGGAUUUGUUGUAGAAAUAUACAUAAGUUAUAAUAUAUCACUUUUAUUCCCAACCUGUGUUUACUUUACACUAAACAUAUCAUAGUUUGUCUUUUAUGGGUAUAAAGAACUUAAAUCUAUUGCUAUUUUAGUAGGAAAAAAACGAAAAAUAAGCCACAAAUUUGCUCAGAUUUGUGUAAAAAUUGAAAGAUUGCUUAUUAGAAAUUUGUGUCAUACUUAUGCACCAAAUGGACAAAAAAUGAAUGUUCCCUUCUGUUUAUAAUAAUUGUUAGAUGUACAGCAAAUUCUUUGUGGGUUCUGAUUAUCUCAUUUGAUAUUUUUCACAGUGGGCACCUUAUUAUAUAUCAGACUUCUCCUUAGCACCAAGAUGUCGAUGGCCAAAUAAAAAAAAAUAUAUAUAUGUAAAUUUAUUCACGGCUGAAUAGAGGCAGCUCUUCUGUUUAAAAAAAAAAAAUGCAAGAGAAAAACAAACUUUAAUUGCAUAAGGACCAUUGCUUAUUUCAGUAUUAUAUUUUUAAUUUUACAUCAAAAGUCAGGUAUAUUUAUGAUUACUGUCAUGUCUUGACUCAUCUUUUGUAAAUGUCAUAUCUUCAUUUACAGUUAUUGUUGAUCAUCGAGGAAGAAACAUUAUUGUAAUACUUAGGUUUUUUUAUAUCAAAUGUUUUCAUUCCACUGUACAACUACUCAUUGAAACUUCAACUAGAAAAUAAUCUUUCUAUUCUAAUCACAAUUUACAGCACAUUAUUCUAGACUAAUGUAAGAAUGGCAUUUGCAACCUUUAAAAAAGAAAAAAAAAUUAUAUAUAGAACAAUAACAAAGGUUUUGAUAAUAUUGUAGGUUCUUUAUAAUAUAUAUAAAAUGAAAAUUUUGCAUUCCUGUAGCUUAAAAAAAAGGUUAUUAUUACAUUAAUUUAUUCUCAUUGUGCUGGUAUAAACAUUGGGUUUGUCAUUUUGAAUUUAAAAGGAAAAAAUUCUAAUCGUAACAAAAUAGAAAUUGCAUUAAUGAAAUUUGAUAAAUUUGUAUGUAUUUCUUCUUCUUUUUUUUUUUUUUAAAUAUUUAUGUUCCCAGUGUUUUAAAAACUCUCCAGUCCCCAUUCUGCCAGCCGAACGGGAUCAACCGGGUGACCCCAUUCGAUUCACAUUACUCAACUCUCCUAGACAGUGUGCAAAUUAAAACUUUCUGCUUAGCAUAGCAAUAUUUCUUUAUAAUUAUUGUAUUAAUAAAACUAAUUUAUCAUUGCUUUGUACAUAGUAGGAAAAAAAUUUCUAUAUUGUUGGCUUCUGCACACUGCCACUUUAGCACCUUGUAAGUGUACAAUUCACCCAUUUUUAUGCUGUUCAUCAACAUGUCCUGUACUUGUAAGGUGUAAGUUAAUUAAAGAAUUUAGACACCAA